AUGCGCCCGGGCACAAGCAGCCUUGUACACGCGAUACGUACUGCAGCUCCAUUGACCCGGCGACUGCAGCCCACCGCCUCUCCGAUCCUGGCCCUCACUCGCUGUUCGCCCGCGCUUCGUCGCACAUCAGUGACAGUGGCUCCCCCCACUAAACAAGCCCCUCCCUCUUCUUCUCUCUCUUUCUCUCCUUCCUCUCCUUCUUCCCCCAUCCCGCCCACUUCAGCAGCUCGAAUUGAUCGUUCGAUUGCUUCCGUAACAAGCCGUGCCGCUCUACUUUCAAGACACUUUGCUACCGCCGCUACCCCGCCGUCUUCCACAAUGUCCUACACCGUCCGCAAGAUCGGCCAGCCCUACACCCUGGAGCACAGGGUGUACAUCGAGAAGGAUGGCCAGCCUGUCUCUCCCUUCCACGACAUCCCCCUCUACGCCAAUGCUGAGAAGACCAUUCUCAACAUGGUCGUUGAGAUCCCCCGCUGGACCAACGCCAAGCAGGAGAUCUCCAAGGAGGAGUUCCUCAACCCCAUCAAGCAGGACACCAAGAAGGGCAAGCUCCGUUUCGUCCGCAACUGCUUCCCUCACAAGGGUUACCUCUGGAACUACGGCGCCUUCCCCCAGACCUGGGAGGACCCCAACGUUGUCCACCCCGAGACCAAGGCCAAGGGUGACAACGACCCUCUCGACGUCUGCGAGAUCGGUGAGCUCGUCGGCUACCCCGGUCAGGUCAAGCAGGUCAAGGUUCUCGGUGUGAUGGCUCUGCUCGAUGAGGAGGAGACCGACUGGAAGGUCAUUGUCAUUGACGUCAACGACCCCCUUGCUCCUAAGCUCAACGACAUUGAGGAUGUUGAGCGCCACCUCCCUGGCCUCCUCCGUGCCACCAACGAGUGGUUCCGUAUUUACAAGAUCCCCGACGGAAAGCCCGAGAACCAGUUCGCUUUCUCUGGUGAGGCCAAGAACAAGAAAUACGCCGAGGAAGUCAUCCACGAGUGUGCCGAAGCCUGGGAGAAGCUCGUUACCGGAAAGUCUAACCGUGGCGACAUCAGCCUUGCCAACUCCACUCUCGACAACUCUGACAGUGCCGACUCCUCCAAGCUCGCCAGCAUCCCCCGCGGCGAGAACCUCUCUCCUGCUCCCAUUGAUGGUAUCAUUGACAAGUGGUUCUUCAUCUCUGGUGCUGCUGUGUAA